AUGGCGCCGUCCGCGCUGGAGUGUUUGCAUUUGGCGGUCUUCACUGCAGGCUUGAUCUCCGGCAAAUCUGCACCGGAAUGGUCCAUCUAUGUAGGAUGGGUCUUCCUGGUGGUGGGUUUGCUGUGGAGACUGCGAGGUCUUGGAAAAGAGCUGGACUAUUGGAUUGCUGCUUGCCGAGAAGCCACCUUCUGCAUUGUUGCCUAUUACAUUGACAGUGUCGGUGUCUAUAUGGUUGCCGUGAUGCAUGAAAGGCGAUUCGAGCACAUCUCCCUGCAGGACAAUGUCCUCCUGCUGCUGGAGUAUCUUUGUCGCUCGGAGAUCUUCGAUGGCCUUCUAAGACGUUUGCCCGAGCUCAACGCAGAUGAAGCCGCUUUGUACCUCACCGCCUGUUGCGCCUUCUAUGCCUCAGAUGGUCGAGCAGUCCAAGCGAUCGCCAAACUCGCAAGGGUAAUGCGAUACUGCCGUUUGCUUCGCGUUUUAUGCUACUGCUCCACGGUCAUCCCUUCCCAGAAUCAGGCUUGUUUCGUCAACCGCUACGAUGAGACUUAUUCUCUCACUGAGCACUGGCGAGAAGCGGUGACUCAUAUGCGUGCCGGUGGAGGUUGCAACGACCUCAUCUUCAGCGGACAUGCCUCCGUCCUCACCUUCUGUGUGUUGCUCUACCAGGAUUUCGGUGCCCCACGCUGGUUGCAGGGCUUCCUGUGGUGCCGUCUUGCACAUGCUUCCAUGCGGAUUGUCCAAAGCCGUAGCCACCUCUCAGUGGACAUUGUGGUUGCAUUCCUCUUGGCGCUUCUGUUGUAUCAUGUGAUCCCAAAGCCACGGAAGGACCUGGAGGUUUUUGGUGCCUCCUCCUUGCGCUCCUCGGCCUUAGCUUGGAGCAGUGCCCUCGUCGCGGUGCUGGCAUUCUUGGCAGCGCUGCUGGCGCAGCCAGAUGCUGGGCCACUGAGCACCGCCAACCAGGCUCGAUUGGCGCAGGUCUCCGUGGCUCCGAAUGCCACCGCGUCGCCGCGCAUCUUCUGCGCGAUGCUGCACAUCGAAACCUCUCGGCAGGCUCGGUCUGGCUACUUGAAGCAUGGCUUGAGCACUUGGGCCCGGCACUGCGAUGGAGCGAUCUUUUGGGAUGAGAAUCGCGAGGAGAUCGCGGCCCUGGAUGCUCAGUCUGCUUUGGGCGAACCAGAGCCUUUGGACUUCAGGCCAAGGCCGUCUGGCCUGUCCCACCGCUGGAUUCGCACCAGACGUUUGUGGCGACACAUCUUUCGCAACGAAGUGGAACACUAUGAUUGGUUCGUCUCCUUUGAUGACGGUGGCUUUCCGAUUGUCGAGAACAUCCGGCACUUGGUCCGGGACAUGAAUCCGCAGAACGCCGUGAUGAUGUCGGACCGAGACAGGUCUGCUGGCUUUGGUUCUUUCAUGAGCAGAGGGGCCUUAAAGCUCUUGGGCGAGGCAUUGGACAAAAAUCGCCAAUGCCCUCAGCCCACUCGAAGCCAGCCUUUAUCGAGUUUACAGGCCUAUGGCACUCUGUGGCAGUGCCUUCACGAUGCGACGCGGCGGGUGGCUUGGGACGUGGAGCUGCGACACCUUCUCCGCUGCAAAGAGGAUGACCACUCAAUCUUGAACCUGAAGGCGAGCACUGCCCGUGGGGUUUGCCCCUAUGCGCUUUUUGCCUUCAUGGUGCCAGAGCCAACGUGGUUAGCAGGGCUAGAGGCAGAAUCUCUCACUGUGGACACAGUGGUCUUCUUCAAAGCGUUGACGCAGGAGGAACAAGGGCCUUUCACCCAGGAAUUCUUGGCAAAGCUGCUCAUCACGCUUCACUGGUGGGGAGAUGUGGACAUCAGUAGCCCUUUAGCCAUCCUUCCGGAGGAUGGAUAUCGAGAGGCCUUGGAGAAGGUGAUGCAGUCAGAGGAGGGGCUCUUCGUGAGCCAUCCCAAUUCACCCUCGUGGUUGGCCAAUAUGCCGCCACACUCCAAGGACGUCUUCUGCGUGAACAUGUUCUGCUUAGACCAGGCCUUUCAAACACAGGCCUUAGACUUCCUCUUGCCUGCCUUCUCCUUGUUCCCCGAGAAGGACUAUUGUAUCGUUACGCAACCUCACACGGCUCCCAACACGCCGCUGCUCAAUGCGUUCACCAUUGUGCCGCCUCAACCGCAGAACACCUUCGGGCACGUGCUCUACUUGAUCCAUCGGGCCUCUCUCUUGGGCCCGCCCAAGGUGGUCUAUUUGAAGCCUCAUUUGCUGGAGCACGUGCAUCCACUCCUAGACGUGUUCGAAGAAGAGACGCGACAGGACAUCAUCUCCAACUCAAAGCUCUUCCUGCAGGAGCGAAAGGGCAGCGAACUGGAAGUCUUUGUGGUGGAGUUUGAUAGUCAGGCAGUCGGCCUCAUCAUGUUGCAGAUGCCAAGUUCAGAUGUGGUGGACCGGCUUCGUUGUUGUUACCACCUGGAUGACUAUCUCCUUGUGGAGCACCAUGAGACCGGUGGAUUUGGGAACAAGGGCCACGUACGACUGCUGCAUUGGGUUCUCAACCCGCUGUUCCAGAAGUACACGCGACGGUUGCUGCAGGGUGCUUUGCGGAUAUCAGGGAAGACCGCACUCUUCUUGGAGACCGAGCUGAAGCAGUCGGUCUCUUCCAUCUACAGGGAGCUUCUUCAAGUUGCGCCUCGAAGGCCACCACAGCUCAAGAAGAUCUUGCGGGAACCGCCCACCGUUGCCUCGUUCUGCAACAUCGAGGAAGAGCUCCCCACAGAGGAAGAUAUCCGGGAGACAGAGAGACAACAGCUACUCCGUGAUUCAGAGCAAACCAAGGCCCUGUCCAUCGUCGCGAAGAAGCUGCUCAGUGAAACAAAGAUCCCGGUGAACGCGCGCAUCGUGGUGGUGGGUGCCAGCGACUGCGGGCUGUCAUUCCUCGAGAGUUUGCUGAGCAUCCCACAUCUCCUGUUCAACUCCCUAACACUCCUGGCUCCUGGUGGAUUGGAGUAUCACCAUGCCCAUCACUUGCCGCUCGUUGCAGGCACAGCCGCCUACUCUCACCAAGAGCUGCGAAGGAUUAUGCUGGAGCUCAGGGUAAGGAUCCUGGAUAGCCGCAUGGUACACAUCGACCGGCAGCAGAAGUGCUGCAUCUUGCACGAUGGUUCCAUGUUGCCCUACGACUACUUGGUCGUGGCUACAGGUCUGCAAGAUGAUGCGUUGCAUGCAUUGAAGAUUCAGUCCAUGGGGGUGGAACAUGUCACCGACGGCUACCGGCGGGUGAAUGGCGCGAUGAGCGCAGCGGACCCUUCAAUCCGAGAUUUGCUGGUGGAAGGGGGCACCUUAGUGAAGUCCUUGAUUUGGAAUCCGCUCUCCUACGCCGUGGUUUACGGCCGCUCACUGAACGCCUACUGCGUGGUGCAGGGCUUGUUGCUCCGCAAGGUGCCCGCGAAAAAGAUCAUUUUGGUCUUGCCACCAAGGUUGCAGGAGUCACAGCAAGGCCUCUCUGUGGACGCGUUCUUUGAGGGAGAUGAAGUCGAGAAGAAGAUUCACCACAUCUUGGAGACGAUGGGCUUGAAGGUCUAUGAAGGCUAUCGCCUGCUUGGCAUUCAGCAGUGCACUCGUGGACGGCUAAAGGGCCUUGUCUUCGAGGACCACAAUGGUGGGGCUGUGGUGCCACUGCCUCCAGAAGACACUGCAGAGCGUGAGCAAGAGAAGAGGUUCCCAGCACCAGAAGCCGCGCGAGCUCCGAUGGGCAUUUUGGAGGACUUUGGAGCGAGCCCUUCCAACUUGCCACAGAAGCUUUUGGCCUGCCGCAUUUGCAUCACUGCGGACGCGGUGAACGUGGACCCGGACAUCUUCAACUCGGUGCAUGGCAACGGAUUGGUGUACGAUGGCCGGCUGAUUGUGGACCAUCAUUUUGGCACAACAGAUCCCGGGAUCUAUGGAGCGGGAUCCCUUUGCGAGUUCAGCCGGCGAUUCCAGCGGCAGAACUCGCGCUACCUCCGCCAUGAUGGCUUCAAUGGACGGGAGGUUGGUGCCAAGUUGGCUGGCGCACUCCUGAAGCGUUUAGAUCCUGUGAACGGCGACAGCGUGGCUGCUGGCGGGCCGGCGAUGGCCACGCAAGAGCAGCUGAGCGCUUCCAUGCUGACAGCCACAGAAGAGGAGUCCUCGCCAGAUUUGUUGCCGGAGUUCUACAUGCCUAUCGCCAAGGGUGGGCUUUUGCCGGGCUCCUUGCAUUACUAUCGCAUCCACGCUUGCAGAAGAGGCGAUGUGCAGGAAGAACAGAGUGACAAAGAUGAGCAAGUGAUUGUCACAGAUACCCUGGACCUGACCAAUGGCACAGGGCAUUUCUGUCGCCUGACCUUGGAUCGCUUUGGAAAGGUGGAUUCAAUCACUUAUUUAGGUGGCGAGGCACUACAGGUGGAAUCCCUGUGGAGCUUAGUCGGUCUCAGCGAGACCUUCCUGAAUUAUCUCUACCAGAGAUGGAGGGACGACGAUAUCCCCGACAUCGUCGAGUUCUUGGCUGAUGAAUGGGCCACUGCGCUCUUCCAUGAUCGCUUCAUGGACUUCUGCCAUCAGAUCAAGCUGGAAAUGCUGGCAUCAGAAGAGGUGAAACAGCUCAUCAACAAAGCUCUUGAGGGCGUCGACGUGAAGGAGGGCUUAUCCAGGAAGCUGCUCUCUGAGAUUAGAAGUGAGCUACCAUCAGAGAGCGUGAAGCAGAUUCAGGACCAUGGGGUGCUGUGGAAACAGUAA